GCGCUUUUGUCAUUUCAGUUGCUGAAGGUCUGGGAGCAUCAGUGAGGCAGGGUGCAGAUUUUACACACACACACACAGAGAGAGGAGAAAGAGGACAGGGAGGGAGAGCAAAAAUCGGAUUAGUUAGGGAACAAACCUGCAUCAAGCCAAAUUCAAAGCCCCAGCAAAGUUUUAACUUGCGUGAAGAGUUACAGAUCAAAAGAACUCAACAAAAAAAACUCCCCUAUUCAACUCCAUCACUGCGAUCUGAGACCAGGAAAAUGAGGCUGUUGCUUGUGGUUUGUUUGCUCGGUUCCUGGUCAACCACCUUUCUAAACCUUAUCAAUGCCACCACUCUGUCAACGACAUUAGAAACGCAUCACACCUCCAAUGAAACUAUACAGAGGAUGAACUCACCCACCAUCACACCAAAGUCCAGCACUGUGACACAAGCGACUGAAACCUCUCCAACUUCACGUGCUGGAGAUGAGAAAGGGAAAAUCAAUGUUGCAACUGAACAAUCCAUAGUGACCUCGACCACUGCCAGUACAUCUUCAGAAGCAACAACCACCGUAAAGAUUCAGCUGAACACAGCCACACCAGUAACAAGCCUAAAUCAGAGCACCGUUCCAUCUGUUCAACUUCAAAAUGCCAACUCAUCAUCUGCUCCUCAUUCAACUGACAGCACUGCCUCCUCAAUGAAAAGUUCCCCAAUUCAAAACUCCACAGGAAUGUCUGGGACUGAAAUCAGUAACAUCACGAGCAUACAAAGUACCACUACCGGUCCGAAUGACACAACAGCAGCAGCAGAUUCUGGCCAGGUCGCACUGAGUUCAACGCAAACUCCUGAGACAUCCGAAUCAACAUCUUUCAGCAGCACAGCCGCAGACAUCACAGUCAUACAAGCAACAACAGCUGGCCCUCAGACUAAUGAAACCGCAUUGCAAAAUACAUCGACUGAAGGGUUUUCCACAAAUACUUCCACAAAUAUUCCAACAACCGAAUCGAAAAGCGAAUCUACAUCCACAGAGGCACAGGACAUUGUGAUUACAGUGGUGCAGAGAAAUGAUACAAACAUAACUAUAGAGGUCUUUUGUGGGCCUGAAGGCAGCGAGGGAGAUGACUACCUGGAGUUUAAUGAGAUUAUCAGCUGCGUAAUGAUUCUUACAGUUCCCCUCUUUGUUGUUUUUAUGAAGCUGGGUAUUCAGUUUUCUGCCAACCAAGAACACAGAAAUGAACUGCAUACACCAUCUGAGCUCAAGAAACACAUUGCCAUGGUGGUAACUGGCUCGUUGCUGCUGCUCAUCUUGCUAUCGGUUGUUGUGUACAGGUGUUCACAACGCAAGUCACACAACAAGAAGGAUCAAUACCUCACAGAGGAGACUCAGCCAGUGGACAACGGUUGCCAUGACAACUUGGCCAUGGACAUCACCGAAUGUGAGCCGGAGAUGCAGGAAAAGCCGAGCUCAAAGGUUAACAUGCAAGACAACAUGGACAACUGGAUUGUUCCCAUGGAUAGCCUGACCAAGGAUGAGGUGGAGGAGGAGGACACUCACUUAUAAAGCAGCUGAACCAUAAGAUGACUGCUCCCUCCAGCCCCACUACACUCCCAUAUGAUUGCUUCAGUAUAUAGAGAUCUUAUACAGCCAACAGAACUGAACUGAAACUUUCACCCAAGCAGCAACCUCCUGACCUCCAUAUUCUUUUCAGUAGGCUUGGUUUUAUUUGGGAAAUUGGAGGUUCCAAGAUUUAUUGAGAUCUGUUACGAACAUAGCCGUCACUUCACAAGUAAUCUGGAUGCCUGAUGCUCCAAAGACACAAGUUCAAAUCCUGCCUCAGGACUUUAGAUUUGAAAAUCGAGUUUUGAACGUAACCUGAAAUGAAAAGGUCAUCUCAUAAACGGUGGCCCUGAGAUUAUGGAUUGAUACAAAAAUCCCAUCUGGUUCACCAAUGCCCUUUAUAGAGAGAAAUCUGCCACCUUUCUCUGGCUUGUUCUACACAUGACUCCAGACUAGCAUCCAUGUGGUUGAUUCUCAAAUGCCUACCCCCCCCCCCCCUCCACUACCCCCGAAAUAGCCCUAGAAUGCUAUUCGGUUCCAGUCCAAUUUAUGGUGGAUAAUAAACAUUGGCCUUGCCGGCAAUACCCAUAUCCCACAUAGGAAUUCCAAAACAGAAUGCACUGGGUUGUUGUUAAAAAACACACUAAGGGCUGAGCCAGUAAAUUUGAACAAAUUAUUCCAAGGGAGAAUAUUCCCAGUGAAUUUACUAUCAGGUGUCUAAUGAAAGUCUGCAAUUUGCAGGUCACUGCUGUGAGCAAAAUGAAAAGGGCAUUCAUAAAUAGUUUUUUUUUCUAUUAACAUUUUCUUUGAACACUUUUGUUAUAAAACUCUCUAUGACAGUACUUCCCAGACAUUCCGAAACCCCACAUUCAGAGCUGAGUGUGUGAUGGGCCCUAUCUGAGUGGGUUACAGCUGUUGUCAUUGUUAAAACUGCACAGUGGCCAAUCAAAUAAGGAACUGUGGAUGCCAGCGAUCUGAAAAAAAAUAGAAAUUGUUGCAGAAACUCAGCGGUGUGGAGAGAAAGCAGAGUUAUCGCUUCGAGUCCAGUAACGUCUUCAUCAGAGUUCUGUUGAAAAUUUUCUGAUGAAGAGUCACUGGACUCUAAAGGUUAACUCUGCUUUCUCCCAACAGAUAUACAGAGCUUUUCCAGGAAAUUUCCGUUGUAGUCCACUGCGACUGUUGCUGCUUCAGAGCUCAUAACCCCACAUUUUCUGCCCGUGACCCCAUUUUGGGAUCCCAACCCCUAUUUUGAUUUCUUUCCACGGGGCUUCCCAAAGACUUAUUUCAGUGACAGCCAGAAAUUUGACAAACAGGUGAUAUUCACUUCACAAAGGAGCCUCUAUAAGAGUGGACAUGUUGGGUGACCAGUGGUGGGAAAUUAAGGUGCAGGGAAAUGGACCUUUUCAGGUCAUGUAAUGAAGUGUCCCCAGUUGGGCCCAAUCAGGGUUGGCAACUUUUAAGAAAGAGAAGCACCUUGAACUUCCAACCCCUCGACAUUGAUAUCAGAGACUAAUGGAGUUGGCGCUCUGACAUGGAAAAGGUUCCCAACUUCACAAAAAGUGAAAACCCCAAAGUUCAGUCAACUUCCAGAACACCACACUGAUCCAAUCUCCUUCCAGAACACCAACACCGCCCAAUCAUCUUCCAGAACACCGCAUCGCCCAAUCACAUGCAUUACAAAGCAGAAGAAUCUGGCUUUUACUAUUUCAUGUUGGAAUUGCAGUCACAAUUUUUUCAGGUAAAAUACUUGAGUCCCCCCAGUGAGUUGAGACACCACAGACUCUCAUCUCACACAGUGACUAAUGCUGAGGAGACAAAUCAGUUUGUUAUUAUAGACUGAGAACAUUAGACGGUUUUGUAGAGUGGUGGAUGCGGAGUCAUUAUUUUAUUGCAAAGCCUAUGUUUAAACAAAAACAGUCAAAUCUUUUGACACCUCCAUAGCAAUAUCAGAUUAAUUGGCCGGGAACAUUAUCUGUCCCUGUAGGAUUAUAUUGGUAAGACCUAUAAUUUUUCCAAAAUUUUCCACUGAUGGUGUGACUUUGCAUUUUUUCUAUGGAUGUUGGAUCUUUAACAUUUAAUCUCAGUGUAAUUGGAUCAUCACACAAAUGGGGCACAUCCAUCAACAGAACGAAUGAAUCUUCAGAUGGACUUGAAUUUUACAUUCCCCUAGCCUUCAACAUGUCUGCUCAUUGAUCACUGCUGCUGAGUUAUACAUCAUCAGUGUUGGGCUUCUGUUUAUCCUGAACUGCUAAUCUCUUAGAGUAGCAUAGCUCCAUAAAUUAGAAUUCUUGCCUGACUUCUAAACAUUGUUAAACAAAUCAGUUAGAUUUUUUUAACUUACAGAUUGGAAAAGGGGACAUUAUGCCCCAUCUUGUGUCUGUCCCUGAAGGCUGAAGUUUAAGCCCCACCACUAGUCUGGGACACCUGUCUCUUCAGUGAAGGACUGGAGGUGGGAUUACAGCAUUGACCGGCUCUCUAAGUGAAAGAGAGAAUACUUACGUAGCAACUUACCUAAAACAUCCCAAAAUGUUUUACAACCAAUGUUGAAAUGCAACCGUUGUAAUAUCACUAUGGUUGCACAUGCCUGGUUCUUGCAAACAGUAGUGCAAUAAUGGACCACCUAAUCUAGUUUUGUGAUGCUGACUGAGGUCUUUCUUUCAUUAGUGCUAUGGGAUUUUUAUACGUCCACCUGAAAGAGGAGACAGGGCACCUUCAUUUAACAUCUCAACUGAAACACAGGGGAGCAUUCCCUCUGUACUAUCAUGGACUGUGCACCUAGAAUUUAGUGAAGCCAUCUCUCUACUUGAAUCUGAAACCUCAGACUCCGGUGAAAGUGCUACCCGCUCCAUUAUCUAAAGAGAAGACAACUGCCAGCAUUCUUCCCUCUGUGUUACCCUUGCCAUCCCGUAUACACAAUCCAUCACUCCCUUUCAACUCACCAUAUCACCAGCCUCUGUGUCUCUGCCAAAGGUUCCACAACAGUCAAAGGGAUGUUUUUUCCAGGACAGCAGUAAUUAUUCACUACAAUUCAUUCCACUUUCAAUACUUGAGACAGUUCCAGAGACACAAUAACUCUGUCACUCUUCUUUAUCUUUAAAAUAAUCACUGAUCUAGGCUUACAGACCCCUCCAUGUUUAUGAUUAAGUUUACUUUAAGGGACAAUGUAAAUGAAGCUGGGGCAUUUUAAAUUGCUGUGCACAAAACUGGUUGUGGUAAAUGCACAGAAUAGUCCACAUGUAGCAGUUGGUUCAGAAAGUAAAUGUUU